AAUGACUUUUGAAAGUGACUCCCGACAAACGCACCUUUACCACUACUGUCUGGCACGGGCAAAACCCCAAGAAGUAACGAUGCAACAACUCUGUGUCUCUUCCAAUAUUUUAAGUUCAUCAGUACUUCUUUUCAUUUGUUUAGCUGUGAGGGAGGUGGCGAAGAAAUGGCGGUUUCUGCCGUCGCCGAAGAGGUCGAGACUCCACUGCUCGGCGGCGCCGUCGUUGACGGCGUCGUAGACUACAAAGGUCGUCCGGCCAGCAGAUCGAAUUCCGGCGGAUGGAGAUCCGCAUCUUUCAUCAUAGGUGUGGAAGUCGCUGAGAGGUUUGCCUACUAUGGCAUAUCGGCCAAUCUUAUAAGCUAUUUGACCGGUCCGCUCGGCCAAUCGACCGCCUCGGCGGCCGAGAACGUGAAUGUGUGGUCGGGGACGGCGUCGCUUCUGCCGCUUUUGGGAGCUUUUGUUGCCGAUUCAUUUCUCGGACGUUUUCGCACAAUUGUCAUUGCUUCCUCACUCUACAUUCUGGGACUUGGCUUGUUGACCGUAUCUGCUGUGCUUACUUCUCUGAGCUCUUCUGAAAGCCACAAUACAGAAAAAGGAAUGCUAAUUUCUUCUUCCAAGGUGCAAGUCAUCUUUUUCUACUUUUCACUAUAUCUAGUGGCAAUUGCGCAAGGAGGGCACAAGCCUUGUGUGCAGGCUUUUGGAGCUGACCAGUUCGAUUUACAAGAUCCAAAAGAGUGCAAAGCCAAAAGCUCAUUCUUCAACUGGUGGUAUUUCGGUAUAUGUGUUGGUACUUUGGCAGCACUCUUGAUCUUGAGUUACAUUCAAGACUACCUUAGUUGGGGUCUUGGGUUUGGGAUCCCAUGUAUUGUCAUGGCUUUUGCACUAGUCAUUUUCUUACUUGGAAGCAUGACUUAUAGGUUUAGCAUUAAAAGGGAUGAGAAAAAUCCCUUUUCAAGAAUUGCUCAAGUAUUUAUAAAUGCAGCUAGGAAUUGGCGUACGACCCCUUCUGCAAUAGCUAUUGAAGAGGAAGCUCGGGGAAGCACAACUCAUCACGGUUCUCAACAAUUCAAGUUUCUUAACAAAGCCUUGCUUGCAUCCGAUGCUUCAGAGGAAGAUGGAAGGGUGUCUAGCAUUAGCGAGGUUGAAGAAGGAAAGGCUGUUCUAAGGCUGGUUCCCAUAUGGACUACAUGUUUGGGUUAUGGUAUUGUAUUUGCGCAGGCUUCGACUCUCUUUACGAAGCAAGGAGAUACCAUGGACAGAUCAAUUAGAUCAAACUUUGAAAUACCAGCUGCUGCACUUCAAUCAUUCAUUGGCUUUUCAAUUCUUAUCUUCAUUCCCAUUUAUGAUCGCAUUUUUGUUCCUAUUGGAAGAGCUAUCACUGGAAAACCCUCAGGCAUAACAAUGCUUCAAAGAAUCGGAACUGGAAUGUUUAUAUCUGCAAUAUCCAUGGUAAUUGCAGCUCUGGUGGAAAGGAAACGGCUUGAAACCGCUGAAGAAUAUGGGCUGGUUGAUAAGCCAGAGGAAACUGUUCCCAUGAGUGUCUUGUGGUUGGCACCCCAAUAUUUGUUGUUUGGAAUUGCCGACGUGUUCACCAUUGUUGGUCUGCAAGAAUUUUUCUAUGAUCAGGUGCCAAACGAUUUGAGGAGUGUUGGUCUCGCUCUCUACCUUAGCGUUGUGGGCAUAGGGAGCUUCCUGAGCAGCAUACUCAUCUCCGUCAUCCAGAAAGCUAGCAGUGAAGAUGGUGAAGAUGGUUGGUUUUCGGAUAACUUGAAUCGAGCACAUCUGGAUUACUUCUAUUGGCUUCUUGCUGGAUUGAGUGCAGUGGCAUUGGUAGCCUUCUUGUACUUUGCAAAAUCUUACAUAUACAAUCGGGGAAGUAAUAUCUGACAUUGCUGAAGACCCCACAAUCAUCCCACUAUAUUGACAGCUAUCAUGUACCUGAUCUGGCAUUGUUCUGAGAAAGGUUUUAGAUGGCCUGUAUGCCAAUGUGAAGAAGACACUAUGAACUUAAAUCUUGACGUAGUUGAUGAUUCUUUUACAUCUUAAUUUAAAAUUUUAAAUAUACGUGAAAUGAAAA